GGGCAAGCGGGCGCGCAGGCUGCGGCGAGCCGAGGAGGCGCCGGCCUGCCCCGUCCCGCAGGUCUGGGCCUCUGUUGUUCCCAGAACUCUGCAAGGCAAGAAAAGGAAAAGAAGCCUGUCCAGAAGCCCUGCAGGACAGGAAAAGGAGGAGAAUCUCAACAUGGAAAAACGCUACAGUGAAAAUGAAGGAAAGCUGGAAAAAGAGGGAAAACCAAAAAGUGAAGUAGAGCCGGAAGAUGAAGGAAAGUCGGAAGAGGAAGAAAAGGCGGAAGUGGCGGGGAAGCCAGAAUACCAGGGGAAGCUAGAGGAUGAGGGAGAGCCAGGUGAUGAGGGAGAGCCAGAGGGAAGGAAAGAAAAGCAGGGAAAGCCAGGAGAUGAAGGGAAGCCGCAAGAUGAGGGCAAGCUGAAGUCUGAGCGAAAGCCAGAGAGCGAGCCCCGGGCUGCUGAAAAGCGCUCGGCUGAAGAUUACGUGCCCCGGAAAGCAAAAAGAAAAACAGACAGGGGGACGGACGACCCCCCCAGGGACUAUCAGGAGGAUUUACACGAAAGGCGCUUGAGCAGUGAGGAGAUGAUGAGAGAAUGUGGUGAUAUGUCAAGGGCUCAGGAGGAGAUAAGGAAAAAACAGAAAAUGGGUGGUUUCCAUUGGAUGCAAAGAGAUGUCCAGGAUCCAUUCCCCCCAAGGGGCCAGCGGGGAGUCAGAGGAAUGAGGGGCGGAGGUAGGGGCCAAAGAGGCUUACAUGACAUCCCAUACCUUUAAUGCCUUUGGCUUUCAAUUCCGGUUUUCCCAUGAGAAUAUUGGCAGCCCCGCUUUCCCUGGCAGGCAUUUGCCAGGCUCUGUGCUCUAACCUACGCUGAUACUUGGCUUUAGGUGUCACUCUUGUUACCAGCAGCCUUUGACCCCACUGCAGCCUCUGUGUUUCAGUAGGGGAUUUUCAUCCAUGUGCAUGAAAGAGAUGUUCAUGGUACCUUGUAAAGUAUUAAUAAAACAUAGUUUGCAGAACCGCAUGUACGGUAUCAGUCCAUUUUUAUACAAUUGUAUAUCUGCAUGAUACAUCUAAGCACAGGGGAAACUAUGAAUGUGUGUACACUAGAAAGUUGGCAGUGGUCAUUCCUGUGUGAUGGCCAAUAAUAGGUCUUGCAUGUACUCAAAAAUGAGUCCAAUCAACUGAUAGUUUGAGGUACCCCCAUGCCAUUCCUCUGCUGGUGUGC